AUGAUUAAUCUAAGACAAAUCUAUGACGAGUUUGACGCGCAUAUCUACGUCGAAUCGGUGCCGAUGGUCGGCAUAAAGUCGGGCCUAGGAUCGACCUUUAAUCGGUGCCGAGAAAUGCGAUUCCCGCUUAUAUUCAUCGACAGAGACAGUGUUGCCAAUGCUCUCGCGGGAAUGCACGAUACGCACACGCUGGCCUUUGACAGCAAGGCGGACUCCAUUACAGCACGCAUUCGAACCUGGUCCACAAAUCUGUAUGCCAGGCUUCACGAGGACUACGAGACCAAACGCACUCAGGAGCGCAUAACGGAGAUAAAUUGUUUCAUUGACUUCCUGCAUAGUGAACUGGACAACUUGUAA